GUGUGUGUGAUAAUUCGUGUUGCGGCCCCUUUAAGACUCGCUCCAGGAGGAAACAGGAAGUUUCUGCUCCAUGAACAUUAACACAAAGAAACAAACCGAAAGAGUGUGUGUGUGUGACAUGGCGGGGAUUAAAGCACUGGUCAGUCUGUCAUUCAGCGGCGCCCUUGGACUGACCUUCCUGCUCCUGGGCUGCGCGUUGGAGCAGUUUGGAGUGUACUGGCCUCUGUUCGUGCUGAUUUUCUAUGUGAUCUCGCCGCUGCCACACUUAAUCGCCACCAGGCUCGGAGACAGCACGGACUCCUCCAGCAAUGUCUGCAGGGAACUGGCACACUUCAUAACCACGGGGAUCGUGAUCUCAGCUUUCGGGCUGCCCGUCAUACUGGCACGCAAAGAAGUGAUCAAAUGGGGGGCCUGCGGGUUGGUGAUGGCGGGAAACAGCGUCAUCUUCCUCACCAUCCUCGGCUUCUUCCUGGUGUUCGGCAACAGCGAUGACUUUAGCUGGGAGCAGUGGUAAAGCCGCAUCUGAGGACGGGUUGCCAGAUCUAGAGGGAAUCCGAAUGUUUUUUUUUGUUCUGAGGAGAGGGAAGUGGGUGCAAUACGGGGGGGAGGGGGAGGAGUUAAGGCUAAGCUUUAUUAGUAACAUUAACGGCGGUGUUGUUAAGGGCCGGGGAAAGGGGGGGGGGAUAUAUGGGUUGGGGAUUCGUCAGGGCGAGGAAGAAGGAACAUCAGUGUCCUUUCACUGAAUCGCCAAGUCCCGCUUUAAACCAACACACACGCUUCUUAUUAAAAACUGACGUCACAUUGGGUAAUGUAGGAUGUGCGCUUUACGUAAGGUUUUCACUUCAUUCAUGCUGGAUUUAUAAUCGACACUAGU